AUGAAAUCCUUCAAUCCAUCAUCCAUCAAGGAUGCUCUUCUACGUUGGUGUCAAUACAAACUUAAAAAUUAUCCGGUGAAUAUAUCAAACUUUUCCUCAUCUUGGGCAGAUGGCAUGGCAUUCUGUGCUUUAAUUCAUCGAUUCGCUCCUGAAUCAUUCGAUUUUAAUAUGUUGAACCCCAAAAAUCGACGAGCCAACUUUGAAUUGGCUUUUAAAGUAGCCGAGAAACGACUGAAUUUCAGAGAUCACGGAAUAGUUCCUCUUCUUGAAGUCGAAGAUAUGUUAAUAAUGGGCGAUCGACCUGAUUGGAAGUGUGUUUUCACAUAUGUUCAGACAUUUUAUAAGGAAUUCAAAAAUCGGCCAUAA